CCCGGAAUUCCGCUGUCCCUGGGAGGAGAGUACCGUACGUGGAAAGAUAUACUUCAAUGCUUACAAGCGUCACUGUGUCAUUGAUAUCUAUCUUUUGGCGAGAAUUAACUAACGCAGCGCCACAAGAUAGGAUGUUUGGUAUUUGACCGCCAUAGUCCUCGCUUUGCUCUUAGAUUUACGGACACUCAUUCACGACUCUUGUCCGUCUCCACUUGACAGCAAUCAUCGCGACCACCCGGCACAGCGCCUUUGUCUGUGUUUUUGAUUACGAGACGCCUACUCUUUGUCGACCAUCGCGCUGGUCGGCAAAAUGGCGCCAAAGAUAUUUUAUGGCGCGGUCAUUCAUUCGAAAAGUCUCGAAGAGCUCGAGAUUCUGGAAGACGCAACGCUGGUCGUCGAUGCGAAUGGCGACAUUGUUGAGUUCAAGAAGUCACGCGACGACGCAAUUACAAUGGCCAGCAUCCCGAAAGACGCGGAAGUGUAUCGCCUGCCCCGCGGCGAAUUUCUCAUCCCUGGCUUCGUCGACACGCAUAAUCACGCUCCACAGUGGCCAAUGCGCGGUCUUGGGCAGGGCCUUCACAUCCUCGACUGGCUCGAGCAGGUCACAUUUCCAGUCGAAGCGCGCUUUGCAGACGCCUCCUACGCCCGCGCGACGUACGAGAAUACAGUAUCUGAUUUUCUCCGGCACGGUAUUACGACAGCUUCCUACUAUGGCUCCCGCCACGCUGAAGCGACGCGUAUUCUCGCUGAGAUAUGCGUUGAAAAGGGCCAGCGGGCUUUCGUCGGAAAAUGCAACAUGGACCGACACGCACCAGAGUACAUUUGUGAGCGGAGCGCUGACGACUCUUUGCGUGAGACGGAAGAGUGUAUCUCGCAUAUCCGACAGCUGCCAGGUUGCAGCCAAUCCAAGCUUGCGCUGGUCAAACCGGUCUUAACACCUCGGUUUGCUAUCUGCUGUACGCCAGACUUGCUCCAAGGGCUGGGCAACAUGAUGAAGGCCGAUGACGACUUGGCAAUGCAGACCCAUUUCAACGAGGCUGAGCAGGAGAUUCAGGCGACGAGAGAACUUUUCCCUGACCUUGCUGCAAGGAGCGAGGCUGAUCUCUAUGAAAGCUUUGGCCUUCUUGGGCCGCGAUCAAUUCUCGCACACUGCACGAUCAUGACUGACUACGACAAGGAGAGAGUCUGUGCUCUGGAGUGUGGUGUUGCACAUUGUCCUAUCGCUAACAUGACGGUCGGCGGCGGGUUCAUGGUCGCGCCCGUCCGAGACUUUCUGAGACGUGGUAUCAAAGUCGGCCUCGGGACAGAUAGCGGUGGAGGUUGGGCAUCGCAAAUGCUCGCAGUGAUGCGCCAGGCGAUGAUUGCUUCCAAUGCAAGAGAAGUGGUAUCACAGGGACAGGAUAAGAGCCUGUCGUUGGAAGAAGUUUUCUACCUUGCGACAAUGGGGGGCGCCAAGGUAAUGGGGCUAAAUGACAGAAUUGGGAGCUUUGACAUUGGGAAGCAAUUUGACGCUUUGCAGAUCACCACAACACAAAGGCUUGAUUCAGCGAUGACGCCUCGCGAACAUGGCGACUCUGCGAGAAUAGUCUUUGAGAAGUUUAUCAUGUCAGGAGAUGACCGUAAUAUUAGCGACGUGUACGUGGGCGGCCGUAGGGUUGCUGGCUCUCGAGUAUGAGGCCGAAACCUUCUUAAUGUUUCACGGUUUAGGGUAAGCAUGGAGAAGCGUUGUGUCAGGGGUCGUGCCAACAGUCUGUGAUUGGCCAGGUCAUGCAAUACACCCACAUUGCCGAAUGCCCGGGCGUCUUCUUCCGAGUCCGACUUCGCGAUUUUCGGGGCUUCAGUACCUCCGUAUCCGCACUUUAAUUAUUUGUUUUCCUCUGUCAAUAUCA